AUGGUGAAUUGGAGGCGGCUGCUGCGGGUAUCGAACCGCUCCUUUUUGGCCUUCAUUUUUUUCUUCUCCAUGUCUACGACUUGCCUCUACUUCAUAUAUGUUGCUCCUGGAAUAGGUGAGUUCAUUAGCUAGCUAAACAUGAUCAACUAAUGUUAUCUUAUAGCUAACUACCCAACCUUGGCAUCAUCAGGGAUGCUUUCCUGCCAACUAGCUGGCUAACGUUACUAAUUAGCUUGCUGCUAGCUAGGUGGCUACCUAGUUAGCUAGCUGGCUGGCUAGCUUGCUAACGUUAUUCUAAUUAGAGUUCAUUCAUUGUGACUGUGUGGGAAAUUGGACAAGCUAGCUAUCCGUUUACAACGUAUUAGGAUUAGUUAGUGAACCGGUACCUUAUCUUAUCGAUCUAGUUACCUAGUCAUCUGGAUGAUUGCGCCGUUAUAUGUUGCUACAGUACUACCACACACAGCUUGUGGAUAUGUGCAAAACUGCUACAGUAGAUAGCUAAAUGUAUAUUUUUUAUUUGAAAUAUUUUUUAUUACUGAUGUGAAACAUAAGGGGCAUAUACGCUCAUUGGCGACAAUCUUUUAUAAACAUCUGUCAUGGUGUUGGGCCAUGCCAUGGUGGGAAUAUGGGGUUGUUCCCAUUCACAAACCAUUGACAGAGCCAGCCGGUAGAGCCACAUGACCAACCCUCCUAGCUAGCUGGUUUAGUAGCUAGGGUACAUCUAAAAUGAUAGGUCUAUAUUUAUUUCACAUGACUAGAGAGUGAGCAAGGUAACCUAGAAUAGGACCCAUGUCUAUACCAUCAGCCAAUGCUUACUAAGAUGGCAAUAGACCAGCUGUUUCCAAGUAGGCUUACACUUGUCUUGAAAGUUAUUUUGGAACCAUUUGUUUUUCUUUGAUCAGCAAAUUCGUGGUCCCAGGGGCAAAAUCCCUAUAGCGUAUCAGUAGCUAAAAUUACUUGGGCCUUUGUUUGCUUUUGUUUACACCUAGUUAACCAGCUGUUAAGCCUAAGUCCAUAGUCACACACUGUAACUAGGAAUGAUACAGUGAGUGUUAUGACUACUGCUAGGCCAUAAGGAUCACAUUAUGGACAUAGUGCUGAUUAUAAUAACUACUGUUCUGCAGCACUGUUUUGACCAGGACAACACAGACAGCCAGGAGACACUAACCUGGUCCCAGACUUGUUCGUGCUGUUAAAGUAACUGUCCAGUGAAAAUCUCACUUAAAAGUUAAUAUUCUGUUAACUCAUACCCAAAUAAUGUUUUCACUCAUCCUAUACUCAUAUUUGUGGCCAAAGCAUAAAUUGGAGAAAAAACACUUUAAAAAACCCUCCUCAAACUUGUACCUCAAAGACUAUUAAAGAAAAAAAAAUGAAAAGCUUGCUAUUUCCUCAUAGAGAAUGUCAUACUCCUGAGGAGGAUGAGCUGGCCAAUCAGCGGUGUACUUGCAUGAAUAUUUUUAACUACUGGUAUACGCCCACACCAUUCUGUUGUUGGGGAACACACACACCAUUCCAACACAGAAAAGCUGUUUUUUUACAUACUUAAUUACCUUUUUUUGGUAGGACAACUAUUUCCCUAAUAUUUUAAGUAAUUAUAGGUCAUAUUUCAUAGAAAUCCUGAAACACUACAUAAAUGUUUAGCAUGGCAAUGACCAUAGGAGUUGGCAAGACUGCACAGAGUGUAAUGGGCUCGUAGUGCUUGACCUGUCCUCUCGCCCCUCCUCUCCCUCUCUGGUCCAAGAUAGUUUGGCUGCUUCUGAUAAGACUCUUAUCGCCUCUGAGCACUCUCCUUUUUAACAAAGUGGGUACACUCAUGUAUACACACGAAAAUGCUUGCACGCUGUACACAUACACAGGGUACGCAUGCUCACGCACACACUGCAGACCGAUAGGGAGGCAUACUUCUGGAAUCCAUUAUUCAACAACACUGUUAUUGUUUGCCGUGGCAGGCUGGCAUCCUUAUAAUGAUCAAAGAACUGAACUGCCACACAGGAUCAACUUAGUCCUCUGUAAUGGGUGAUAAAGCAAAUCAUGCAGAGGGUGUGCUUGAAUGCGGGGCUGGGAGUGUGUGGUGUCUCUGUGUGUGAGUUUGUGGCGAUGUAGAGACCGUGUGUGUGUUUGUAAUUGAUGAAAUGCGUGAGUGUGUAAACUGAUGAGUUGUGUGUGUGCAUCCUGGCAGUUUUGCUGCAGUAGUGAAUAGUGGUAAAUGCUAAAUGAUUCAGAGCCCUAGCUGCCUCUGCUCUGGGCUGGCCCUUCUAUCUGUCCGUAGUCGACCGUGGGACUGAGAUUGCGCCCCAGAUGGCACCCUAGUCCCUAUAUAGUGCACUACUUUUGACCGGAGCCCAUAGUAUAGUGCACACUAUAGGGUGCUAUUUAGGACGCAGAGUGAGAUGGUGAUUUCCUCUUAUCUUGCCCGCUGGCCCGUGCGUCUCAUCACUAGCUGCUGCUGGGAGUUAAACCGUGGCAUUGGGCUGGUGACAGCGAAGGUUGUUCCUGUAUGGCCAAGAGACUGAGGGAGAGAAAGCUUUAACGCUGAUGAAAUGAGAAGUCCGCUAAUUUACUGUCACUGCACUUAGGAGUCACUAGACUGGUACGUGAAGGGGGUGUAAUUGAACCAGUCAAACAGACUUCUGAUUUCACUCUCCUCGCUUCCUCUUUCUCUCCCUCUCUCUCUCUUCCUCCCUGGACCUUUAUUCCCCCUCCACCUCAUCGUCCUCCAUCUCUCUACCAUCCUAUCUCUCUCUCUCUCUCUCUCUCUCGCUCUAUGUCCCUGCACCUGUAUUCCCCUUCUCUCUCCCCGUCUCCCUCUUCUUACCUCCUACCUCCAUCUCUCUCUCCACCCUCUUCCCUCUCUCCCUCUCUCAGCCAACACCUACUUCUUCAUGGUGCAGGCCCAGGGUAUCAUGUUGAGGGAUAACGUGAGGACCAUUGGCCAGAUGAUCAGACUCUACACCAAUAAGAACAGUACCCUCAACGGCACAGGUGAGUUGGAUUGGAGACCCCCGUCCCACCGACCCGUCUGGCCAACCUCAAGUAUUAGGAGGGUAGUAGGCUAGACAGUGCUUCAACCAACAUGGGACAGUGGGCAGCCAAAAAAUCACAAGAAUAGCCCUCGCUCACAAUCUAAAGGGAGUGAGAGUUGCUGCUAUUUUCCUUCUGAAGUUCUUGUGAUUUUUGGCUGCACUUUGUCUCAUGUUGGUUGAACCGCUGUCUACUCCCCUCCACUACCUAUUAAUCAGCAUGAUCCCUCUCUUAGCUACCUAAAAGGGGGAAGAUGGAAAAGUCAAAAGAAAAAUAUUGUUGUUUGUUUCUGUAGAUUACCCAGAUGGCAGUAACUCCAGUGAAUAUAUGGUUCAGCCAACCACAUACCUCCCUGAGAACUUCACAUAUGCCCAGAACCUCCCCUGCCCAGAACGCUUACCUUCUAUGAGUAAGUAACCAGAACACUAACCUUCAAACCAUCAGUUUGCCAACUGAGAGAGUAUCUUACUGAGAUCAGGUGAUGAUAUUAUGGAACAACUCUCAUGAGAUAAGCUACUCUUUGGUGUAUCUUUGUGCCUCCUCUCUCUUUCUCUCUCUCUCUCUCGUCUUUGUCACACUGCCGAUCCAUCUCUAGACAGUGUGGCUUAUCACACUGGUUAGAUCUAGAUGGAUGCUUUGGCUACAGUUAAAUGUAUUGCAUUACCCAUAAUCCCCUCUGUGCUAUCAGUGAAAUCUGAAGACAUAUUGGAGGAGUGUUCUAUGGUGCGCGUGCACACAUACACUGAGUGUACAAAACAUUAGGAACACCUGCUCUUUCCAUGACAGACUGACCAGGUGAAUCCAGGUCAAAGCUAUGAUCCCUUAUUGAUGUGACUUGUUAAAUCCACUUAAUCCACUGUUCUGAGUGCAAAAGCGGGUGCAACUCAAUAUCCUAAUGUUUUGUAUACUCAGUGUGUAUCCACACACACCCCUCUGUCUGUCUAGUGCUUCGGCCUCAAUUUUCUUUAUUAGUUCAAUUAGACUUUAAUCACAUUUGGUUUGCAAUGACAGGCCUGGGUCUAUUCCAGCUUUAGUCCUACCACUGUGUUUAUGUCAAUGCGUGAUGUGUGUCUUUUUUUCUGCCCACAUGGUUUGAAAACCUGUGAUUACUGACAGUAUGACAAUCUAUAGUUAAAUGUGGUGCCUUCUCUGUAGGCUGUCCUUCCCCAUAGCUGUGUAUAGUAGUGAUGAUGUUUAUGUUUGUUAAACAGGUGUGUGUGUUGUGUAUUCUCAGAGGGUCCUAUAGAUGUGAAUAUGACUGAGAUCCCUAUGGAGGAGAUUGAUCUGAAGUUCUCUAAGUAUCUGGAUGUUCAGUUCGGUGGCCACUGGAAACCCAAGGACUGCAAACCACGCUGGAAGGUAUGACUGUGGACAUGUAUGACAGUGUGUGUGUCAGUGUGUGCAUUUCAGUUAUUUUACUACUUUUGUUCUUAUCUCUGUUAUAGAUAAAGACAUUGAACUGUAGCCAUAUUUGUAUACACCUGUCUUUAUUUUGUUCUAUUAGACGCAUAUCUUCUGAUUCCUCUGUAUUAGAAACACAUGAGCUUAUACAUGUUGUGGUUGUGUCUGACUGUCCUGCUCUGCCUGUCCUGCUCUGCCUGUCCUGCUCUGACUGUCCUGCUCUGUCUGUCCUGCUCUGACUGUCCUGCUCUGCCUGUCCUGCUCUGUCUGUCCUGCUCUGACUGUCCUGCUCUGCCUGUCCUGCUCUGACUGUCCUGCUCUGUCUGUCCUGCUCUGCCUGUCCUGCUCUGACUGUCCUGCUCUGCCUGUCCUGCUCUGACUGUCCUGCUCUGUCUGUCCUGCUCUGCCUGUCCUGCUCUGUCUGUCCUGCUCUGUCUGUCCUGCUCUGCCUGUCCUGCUCUGUCUGUCCUGCUCUGCCUGUCCUGCUCUGACUGUCCUGCUCUGUCUGUCCUGCUCUGCCUGUCCUGCUCUGACUGUCCUGCUCUGCCUGUCCUGCUCUGCCUGUCCUGCUCUGUCUGUCCUGCUCUGCCUGUCCUGCUCUGCCUGUCCUGCUCUGACUGUCCUGCUCUGUCUGUCCUGCUCUGCCUGUCCUGCUCUGCCUGUCCUGCUCUGUCUGUCCUGCUCUGCUGUCCUGCUCUGUCUGUCCUGCUCUGACUGUCCUGCUCUGUCUGUCCACUCCUCUGUCCUGCUCUGACUGUCCUGCUCUGCCUGUCCUGCUCUGACUGUCCUGCUCUGACUGUCCUGCUCUGUCUGUCCACUCCUCUGUCCUGCUCUGACUGUCCUGCUCUGACUGUCCUGCUCUGACUGUCCUGCUCUGACUGUCCUGCUCUGACUGUCCUGCUCUGACUGUCCUGCUCUGACUGUCCUGCUCUGACUGUCCUGCUCUGACUGUCCUGCUCUGCCUGUCCUGCUCUGUCUGUCCUGCUCUGACUGUCCACUCCUCUGUCCUGCUCCCUGUGUAGGUAGCCAUCCUGAUCCCGUUCCGUAACCGCCACGAGCACCUUCCCAUCCUGUUCCAGCACCUCACCCCCAUGCUGCAGAGACAGAGACUGCAGUUUGCAUACUACGUCAUCGAGCAGGUAACACCACUUUCUGUUUGUCUGUAAACAAGAUCUGUUGUUACUGCCUACAUUUAUUCUCAGUCAUCCUAUUCACAUUUUACAUUUUAGUCAUUUAGCAGACGCUCUUAUCCAGAGCGACUUACAGUUAGUGAGUGCAUACUAUUCGGUCUCUUUGUUUUGUCAACUCUGCCACCCACUGGUGAGAAAUAUAGAAUCUAUGAUGUAGACUGAGCUGUGUUGUUUAUGUGUCUUACCCCCUCUCUCUCUCCUACAGUCUGGGAUGCAGCCCUUCAACAGAGCCAUGUUGUUUAACGUGGGUUUCCUGGAGGCCAUGAAGGAUCUGGACUGGGACUGUCUGGUGUUCCACGACGUCGACCACAUCCCAGAGAACGACCGUAACUACUACGGCUGUGGUCAGAUGCCUCGCCACUUCGCAGCCAAACUGGACAAGUACAUGUACCUGUAAGUCACUGAACACGCCAAAGGCACGGAAGUCAACACGCCAAGGGCACACAGCAAGUCACAAGUGACCUUGUCAUGACCUGACUAGUUGGUGUGUCAACAAGUAAAUGCUGCAGGCACAUCUUCCAAGAAACACUUAGAAAAGCACUUCAGUACACUGCCUCCUCUCUCAAGGGGAAAAUAGGACCUCUGACCUUGUUUAGUGACUGAAGAUGAGAUAUGGAGAGUUGAUGCUCUCCCAUAACCCGGGAGACAUGUACUGAAGAGUCUCUCUUUGUUGUUGAUUAUUUAUGUUCAUUAUUGUUUAUAUAUUUUACAUGUUGCUUUUCUUUCUUUACAGACUUAUUUCUACAACAAAAGGAAAUAAUGAAUGUGCGCAUGAUUUUCUCUGAGUUUCUUGUUCAAUGUGAGAAUGAUUUGGGAAUAAACAGCUUCAGUUAAACAGACUGUAAAACACAGGCUUGAAGGCUAAAUCAUGUUGUCAUGAAGUCUUAAUUUCUGAACAGAUUUUCCGCUCUGGUUAUGUGUGUGUCUGUUCUAAAUUUGAUGGCUGUAUUGUACAUUGUCUGAAAACAUAAUUGUGUGUGUCUAUAUGUGUGUUGUAACACAGCCAGACUUGUUCUUUGUUGCUUGAUGCUUACCUGUGAUACUGACUGGUAAGGGUUCUCUCUUUAAUUUUUCCUUUCUGUCGUUUCGUUCAAAACUCACUCUCUCCCCAGGCAGAGCUAGGCUAUGUAUUUGUCUGUCUGUCCCCUGUCUGUGUUGAUGUGUGAUGCGUGUUACAGGUGUGUAUGUGUAACGGUGUCUGUGUCUGUGUGUGUUUUGCACAGACUACCCUACAGUGAGUUCUUCGGGGGCGUGAGUGGACUCACAGUGGAGCAGUUCCGCAAGAUCAACGGCUUUCCCAAUGCAUUCUGGGGCUGGGGAGGAGAGGACGAUGACCUCUGGAACAGGUCAGUGAGUUUGUCAGUUGACUGUGUGUUUGAGAGAGACAGACAUGUAUUAUCUGAUUGGGUAACUUAGUGAAAGGCUUUAUUUGUCCCUCUCUCUCCCAGAGUGCACUAUGCUGGUCUGAACGUCACGAGGCCGGAGGGAGAGAUGGGUAAAUACAAGUCCAUCCCACACCACCACCGAGGAGAAGUGCAGUUCCUCGGCAGGUCAGUAACACACACGCAUUAGCAGUGCAUCGCCGGUGGCGUCACCAUGUCAAAGAAUGUUUACCUAACAUUACCUUAAACAGCACAUUAGCUUCGCUCUUUCAAUACACCUUUGCUCCAGUGCUUUAGGAAAUUAUACCUAGAACAUUAUCUAGCUGUUAAGGGUUACUUAUCUCCUUAUAGGGUUCAUUGUUACCCGCUACUUGAAUGCAGCUGCUUCCUCAUCUAUUACUCCCCAAUUGAGCAGGUUGUCCAGCGCCCUCUGAAGGCAGGGGAUGUCACUGCAUUUAAAUGUAGUUUUAUUUGUGUUAAUUUUACAUUGCAUCUAUUCAUCUUAACAAUAAAUGUAAUGUUAUUGUACUCAUGGAACAUUCAACUGUGCAAAAUAUUUCGGACUUUCUUACUAUCACAAUUCUGUAGUCCUGCUAGCCUUGGUGUACACAGAGCUAUGAUCAGUAGAAUAAGGGUUGCUUUCCUUCCAGGGCUUGUGUCAGUGUAGGUGUUUGCUCUGCCAGCAUUGAGUUAUUUAACCCCCCGUUCAUUGGCCAAGUCCCUUUUGCCCUGUUGACAGUCAUAUGUCUCUUUACUCAAGUCAACCAGGUCUCAUCCUCAUAUAGCCCCCAGAGUAACUCUGUCCAAGAGCACUGAGGGCUAUGAAGGCAACCCCUCAGCAUGGUAUAGGGUUCAAAUACAGAGAGGGACAGAGUUUAGUUUAUUAGGAUCCCCAUUAGCUGUUACACAUGCAGCAGCUACUCCCUGUUCCUGGGGUUCAGAGGAGGAGAGUGGGAAGGAGAGAGUUUCCCUCUUGGGGUUAGGGUUUUCCUUCUGCAACUAGAGCACAAGCUGCAAAAAUGUAUAAAAACCUGUUUUUGAUUUGUAGUUAUGUGUAGAUUGAUGAGGAAAAUGUUUUAUUUAAUCCAUUUAAAAAUAAGUCUAACGUAACAAAAUGUGGAAAAAGUCAAGGGGUCUGAAUGCUUUCCGAAUGCACUGUAUGUGUAACUGAUAGAUGCACACACUACAUGUUAAUGUUUUAAAAUGUAUGUAAAUUGUAAAGUAUUUUGUCUGUAAUGUCUUUUUCGUUAUAUUUCGGACCACAGUAAGACUAGCUGUCGCCAUUGGCGUCGGCUAAUCGGGAUCCUAAUAAGUCAAAUCAAAUGUUAAAGCUAACUAAGGAUCCGCUUAAUGUCAUUAGCAUUAAUGCUAACUAAGGAUCCCCCUGGUGUCAUUAUGCUAAUGUUAACUAAGGAUCCCUGUGGUGGUGUGUGUGUAUAAUUGAUUCGGUGUCAAUACUAAGUGCUAAUGUAGGUUGGUGUAAAUUAUUCAACCAUUAUGUUGAAUAUAAUAAUAAACUACAUUAUCAAUCAGACGCCAAUAUUAUGUGAAUAAAUGCAACUGGCUGUGCGUCUCUGAAGGAAUCUAGUCAAGGUAGCGAGCCUUACAUCACCUCUCAGAAUGACUAUAAUGAACAUGUGUUUAACUUGCCCGUUAAAUGAAAAUGGUUGGGAACCACUGGUGUAAAUAACUACCAAUAGACCUACUAAAUUAUAAGCGUAUAGUCAAUCAAAUAAUUACUCCGUAAAACGAGGAAUGCAUUUAUUCAAUUCAACUAAUAUAAUUUAUUAGUCACAAAAUAAUGAACACUCAAACAAUUACAGUGUACAUGAAAUACAUGAUACAUUACAGACUACUCAGAGUUAAUGACUAUCACCAAUAGGCUAAGACUUACAGUGCCUUCAGAAAGUAUUGAAACCCCUUGACUUUUUCCAAAUGUUGUUGUGUUACAGUCUGAAUUUAAAAUGGAUAAAAUUGGAUUAUUUUGUUUUGUUUUGUUGUCACUGGCCUAAACGCAACAUCCCAUAAUGUCAAAGUGGAAUUACGUUUUUAGAAAUGUUUGCAAAUAAAUGAAAAGCUGAAAUGUCUUGAGUCAAUAAGUAUUCAACCCCUUUGUUAUGGCAAGCCUAAAUAAGUUCAGGAGUAAAGAUUUGCUUAACAAGUCGCAUAAUAAGUUGCAUGGACUCUCUGUGUGCAAUAAUAGUGUUUAAGAUGAUUUUUGAAUGACUAUCUCAUCUCUGUACCCCACACAUACAAUUAUCUGUAAGGUCCCUCAGUCGAGCAGUGAAUUUCAAACACAGAUUAAUCCACAAAGACCAGGGAGGUUUUCCAAUGCCUCGCAAAUAAGGCCACCUAUUGGUAGAUGGGUAAAAAAAAAAAAGCAGACAUUGAAUAUCCCUUUGAGCAUCGUGAAGUUCUUAAUUACACUUUGGAUGGUGUAUCAAUACACCCAGUCACUACAAAGAUACAGGCGUCCUUCCUAACUCUGUUGCCAGAGAGGGAACCGCUCAGGGAUUUCACCAUGAGGCCAAUGGUGACUUUAAAACAGUUACAGAGUUUAAUGGCUGUGAUGGGAGAGAACUGAGGAUGCAUCAACAACAUUGUAGUUACUCCACAAUACUAACCUAAUUGACAGAGUGUAAAGAAAGAAACUUGUACAGAACAAAAAUAUUCCAAAACAUCCAUCCUGUUUGCAACAAGGCACCAAAGUAAUACUGCAAAAAAUGUGGCAAAGCAAUUCACUUUUUGUCCUGAAUACAAAGUGUUAUGUUUGUGACAAAUCCAACACUACACAUUACUGAGUACCGCGCUCCAUAUUUUCAAGCAUAGGGGUGGCUACAUCAUGUUAUGGGUAUGCUUGUAAUCGUUAAGGACUGGGGAGCUUUUCAGGAUAAUAAGAAAUGGAUUGGAGCUAAGCACAAGCAAAAUCUUAGAGGAAAACCUGGUUCAGUCUGCUUUCCCCCAGACACUGGGAGAUGAAUGUACCUUUCAGCAGGACAAUAACCUAAAACACAAGGCCAAAUCUACACUGGAAUUGCUUACCAAGAAGACAGUGAAUGUUCCUGAGUGGCGGAGUUACAGUUUUGACUUAAAUCUGCUUGAAAAUCUAUGGCAAGACCUAUCUAGUGUCGUGGAAAUUCUAAUCAAUAAUGAGGAGAGACAAAGUCAAUCAUCAAUCAGGAUAUUACUUUAUUCAAAAUGUAUUAAUAAGGUAGUAAGUGAGGCUGGUCAACAUACAGACAAUACAAAUAUAUUUUAUAGCAAAGGUACACCCUCAGUCUACAUGACAAACGGCAGAUGUGUGGAAUGAGUCAAAAGGUUAGGAUUUGUAUGAAAGAAAUGAAUAAUUCACAGCAGACAGUGUCUGCUAUGAAGACUGUUCUCUCACUACACUAACCUCCUGAGUGGCGCAGUGGUCUAAGGCACUGCAUCGCAGUGCUAACUGUGCCACUAGAGAUCCUGGUUCGAAUCCAGGCUCUGUCGCAGCCGGCCGCGACCGGGAGACUCAUGGGCGGCGCACAAUUGGCCCAGCGUCGUCCAGGGUAGGGGAGGGAAUGGCCGGCAGGGAUGUAGCUCAGUUGAUAGAGCAUGGCGUUUGCAACGCCAGGGUUGUGGGUUCGAUUCCCACGGGGGACCAGUAUAAUAAAAAAAAAAGACAAAAAAUAAUAAUAAUAAUAAUAACAAUAAAAAAUACAAAAAAGAAAAAAUUAAUAAAGUAAGUCGCUCUGGAUAAGAGCGUCUGCUAAAUGACUAAAAUGUAAAUGUGAAAUGUUCUCAUUGUAUGGAAAUCAGGGUUUGGCCCCCAAGACAAGGUUCUUAUCAACAUUCACCCCACAUUCAGGCUCAGUCAGGCCAGAGACAUCUCCCUCUCACACACCACUAAUCAUAGAAUGGAAUGUGGCUGAUGGUUUUAUCACCUAGAUAUCCCUAAAUCAAUUGCCAGGCCAAGCUUCAGAGGCUCAUAUCUCGAGUAAAACGCAUGUCCUUGACCACACGCCUAGACUAGCUGCAGGUAGCUGGAGUAGAAACCAUCCCUUUACAAAAACACAGCAUUAGUAGAACAGUAUAUAAUUAUUAAUAUUAAACAAAUUAGGUAAUAAUAUAAUAAUAAUAAUAUACCAUUUAGCAGACGCUUUUAUCCAAAGCGACUUACAGUCAUGCGUGCAUACAUUUUUGUGUAUGGGUGGUCCCGGGGAUCGAACCCACUACCUUGGCGUUACAAGCGCCGUGCUCUACCAGCUGAGCUACAGAGGACCACGUCCUUCCUAACUUACAUUUACAUUUUAGUCAUUUAGCAGACGCUCUUAUCCAGAGCGACUUACACUUAGUGAAUACAUAUCUUCUUUUUUUUUAUAUACUGGCCCCCCGUGGGAAUCAAACCCACAACCCUGGCGUUGCAAACGCCAUGCUCUAUCAACUGAGCUACAUCCCUGCCGGCCAUUCCCUCCCCUACCCUGGAUGACGCUGGGCCAAUUGUGCGCCGCCCAUGAGUCUCCCGGUCGGCUGCGACAGAGCCUGGAUUCGAACCAGGAUCUCUAGUGGCACAGUUAGCACUGCGAUGCAGUGCCUUAGACCACUGCGCCACUCAGGAGUACUAACUCUGUUGCAUGUUACAUGUUAGUUAUUUUGAACUAUCUGCCGUCCGACGAACAAAAUAAGUUUCCCUGUAAAAACAAAUCCAUAGCACUUACAGUACAAUAAAAUGUAUCAAAAUUCGGAGCUCUUUUAUUAACUCUUGAAACAAUCCAAACAUGACAACUGAAUUCACACAGUAACAGUAAUUUCCUCAACAUUUUUCAGCAGUCUUCACACCAACGUGUCUAUGCUCCCAGGGUUCUGUGGGAACAUCUCGUCCCAGAGAUUACCACAGAUAAGGUGUGUUUGACCCCUGUGAUCGCCCACAAAUGGUCUGCCAUCCAAACAGUGUCAUAAAUCGUGAUUGAGUCAUCACGCUGGGCCUCAGCGCCAAGUAUAUCACCUUCUCUCAUGUUUCCACUACACUAACUAGGCCAAUCCUCUUCCUCUCCUCUCACUGUGACUCCAGGUAUAAAUCCUACAGUAACUGCUAGCUUCAUCUCCUCUCCUCCCUGUGUCUGCACCUGAAAUGGCACCCUAUUCCUUACACAGUGAACUACUUUUGAUCAGGGCCCCUAGGGAAUAUGUAUUUAUAUCUAGGGAAUAGGGUGCCAUUUCGAACUGUGACUGUCGGUAUAAAUGUUAACUGCUACAUAAUCGUCCUCCACCCCCUCUUUCCUCUCUCUCCAGGUACAAGCUACUGAGGUAUUCCAAAGAGAGGCAGAACCUGGAUGGACUGAACAACCUCAAUUACAUCCCUGAGAUCUCCUUGAGCUCUCUGUACAAGAACAUCACCGUGGACCUGCACCCUGACCUGGCCCCCAUCACAGACUACUGA